UCUUAUUUUCUUCGUUGGAAUUCAAAAACCCUAACCAGAAGCGAUUCAGAGAGAGAGAGAGAGGAAACUAGGGUUUAAGAUCGGAGAAGAAGGAAGAAGCCAACAAUGUUUCCAGGAAUGUUCAUGCGCAAACCAGACAAGGCUGCAGCACUGAAGCAGCUGAAAUCUCAUGUCGCCAUGUUCGGGACAUGGGUUGUUCUUAUUCGAGUCACCCCUUACGUUCUUCACUUUCUCACCAGCGAGAAAGAGGAACUCAAACUCGAGCUUUAGUUUCAUUUCUCACAUGUGGGUCUCGAGGAGGAGGAUAUGUGGUUGGGCCAGAAGGAUUGUUUUUUGAGUCAUGUUUGUAUGCAACCCUUAAAAUUUAAGGCCAUAUUGUUAGUUUAAUGAUAUCUCAUAUUACAGCAAUAAGCUUGUGAAGAGUUUUUCAAAAUAUGAAUUUAAUGUAUGUCAAUGUUUGGGUUGAUUUCGUAUUUCAAAUAGUUCAUGGAAUUUCUUUUCUUUU